CACCACAUGUCCCCGCAGCUUGCACCGGAUUUAAUUACAUAAUUGCCUCGUAUCACCUCAAAAAACACGAGGCCGCGGCGCGUCUGAACUGACAGCUGAUCGGCGCUUUUCACGGGUGUCAUCGCUCCACUCCUUCACUGUACGACCUCCUCUCUGAGCAUCUCCCCUCCCUCUCUCUCUCUCACACACACACACACACACACACACACACACACACACACACACACACACACACACACUUGCCAUGCAGGAGGUGUAACCCUCCUUCCUGUUCUUCCUUGUGUGCCAUUGGAGGAAACCCAAAACAGAAAAGAAAAAAAAACAAAAAACACUCUACGUGAAACAAGUCAAGAUGUCAGACCCGGACCCCUCCUCGCCGGCGGACUCCCCACUGCCACUCACCUCCCCGCGCACCCCCCUGCAGCUCUCCUUCCCCUUCCUGAGGGAGGGCAGCCGGGUUUGGGAGAGGGAGAGGAAACCGCCGCAGCCUGGAGAGCUGCCCAGCCCUCUGCCAACCAAACGCACCCGGACAUACUCAGCGACAGUGCGAGCCAAAUCAGGUCCAGUGUUUAAAGGGGUGUGUAAAAACUUCUCCAGGUCUCAGGGUCACGGAUUCAUACGUCCUUCUCACGGAGGAGAGGACAUCUUUGUCCACAUCUCUGACAUUGAUGGAGAAUACGUGCCUAUGGAAGGGGACGAGGUCACAUACAAGGUGUGCCCCAUCCCUCCCAAGAACCAGAAGAUCCAGGCCGUGGAGGUGGUGAUCACCCACCUCAAUCCGGGCACCAAGCACGAGACCUGGUCAGGUCAGAUCAUCAGCUCCUAGAGCAGCGCUUCAGGCUGCAGGGCUGGAAAAGGUCUCGGAGUGGAGUGGAGCCCGGCGGAGGAGACGUGGAUUUAAUUUAUGUUUUCAGGGUGUGAGGGUUUGGGACCAGGUCUGAGGAGGAGAGGGAGCGGAGCUUAGCGUACGUCGUGGGUCAGCCUGAAGUGGCUUGGUUAUGGGAGGGUGAAGGUUUUGAGUUUAAAGGACAGGGUCAGAAAUGAAGCUUUGAAUGUAUAUGUUUGAAUGUUUUCUUUUGAAGGCCGCGGUUUCGUCGUCUGGGUUGAAUGUUUUUUUUUUUUUAGUUGAGGGGUUGGAAAGUUAGUGGUUCAGGGCUCGGUGCUAGCACUUUUUACUUUGACUGUAGGGGAUAUAUUUUAGUUGGGAAAUCUGUGGUCGUUUAGAGAAGAAGUGUCUUUGAAGAGUCGAGUUGCUGAGGAAGCAGAUGAGUUUGAGGCCGAAAUGCAUUUUGAGCGAAUCUGAAUCGAUUUAGCCGAAGUACUGAAGAGUUUCAUUUUAAAGGGACCAGCUCAGCGGAGGUCUGAAUUUUACUCCCGUUUUUGUUUUUCGUUUUUUCUCAGCUGAUAUGAAUCGUGUGCCGCCACUGCCAAAAGUCACGUGUCAAACGUCAGUGUGUCUGUGUUCACAACAGCAGAUGGAGACGGUUGUCGGUAGAUUUCAGGAGGAUUAAAAGGAUGAAGAAAACUGUAGUAACAGCCUGUUGUUUACAAUCCGGCUUGGCUUAAUGUGAAAGGAACAGAUCUGCCUUCAUCUCACUGCCUUCAGAAAAUCAUUUUCCAGGUUGUUUUGACAUGCCACAAAAACACCAAACAAGUUUAAUUAAAGUAAGAAAUAAGCGCGACAACAUUCAGUUCACUCUCAAUGUGUUUCGGCCUCGAGAGCUGUGACAAGCUCCACGUGUAAGGAAUUAUUUUUCCUUCUUAAUAUUGUAGCACUACUGUAUUUGUCGACUUGGCAAGUGUAGAAAUCCAGUGUUAUUGUAGCCAGCUCCUAUGACGGUCACACGUUUCGGUGGUAGAGACAAGUAGACGGAUGUUGUGCCGCUGGAAAACCAGGACCAGAGGAUUUGGGGUUGGGGAAGGAAACUGAAGGAGUAUUUGGGGAACGGGCAGAGGAUGGAGUGACUAUCUGUAAAUGCACUUGAGCACAGGUGGAGCUAGAUUUGAAAUGUUGUAAAGCAUGUGUAAAGGUGAGCGGUUCUCAACCUGCGGAUUGUCGGGUUGAAAUCGACAGAAAAGAAAUGUAAAGAAAUAUUCGAGAAAAUUGUUUGACAGUCGGUGGAAAUGCGUUUAUUUGCUUCCCGUCCAAGAGUUAGAUGAGAAGCUCGAGCUUCCUGUCUGACUGUUGGCCAGAAAGUGAGUAAGCAAUUUUCCCACAAAGUUGAACCGUUCCUUAAAAUGACUGAUGUAAUCAAAAAAGAUGAAGUUUGGAGGUCUGGAUUUUUUUCUAUCGCUCUGAUAAAUGACUCCCUGUAGUGAAAUGUUUGCAGCCCUCAGGCUUUGGCUUUUUUCUCCGCAGUAAACUGAUACAGGAAGACAAGUUUCACCAUAUCAAAUUAAAAAAGAGCAGGAUGAACUGCUGACUUUUAGGUUGAAGGUUCAGUAAGUUUCAUACGUCACUGCAAAUGUUGGGGAGAAAUUAUAAAAACAAACAAACAAACAAACAAAGCAGCAAAAGCUUCCUGAUGUAAGUUUAAAAAGACUAUUUAUUUAUUGACUUAUUUAUUUUGAUUUGUAACUAUGAGAACAUCAGGUGUUUGGUAAUUAAAAGCUGCGUUUAUAAGUAUAUGUGCAAAUCUAAGCCUGUUUGAAUACACUGCACACCUCACUCUAAUGAUACUACCCUGUAAAAAUCCCUUCGCUGAUGUCACGUCAUCGACAGGCAACAGAAGAAAAAAAAAAAACCUUCAACCUUUCCAAACACACGAAUUUCUAAUUUCUACAUAACCCUUGUCUAAUUUUUAUUAACUGUGUGAUGUUCAAAGUAACAAGCCGUUUUGUUGUUUUGGAGAUCGGCAUGUUCUGUAUCGUUUGUCGUAAUUUUUACGUAGAAUAUGUUGAUCCUGUUUCAUCAUGCAGUAAGACGGUUGGAGCCUUCAGAGAGGCGACGUCGGGUCUCCUAUGCAUACUUUGAUUUAUCGCCACGGGUGUGACUCAACAUCGUUGUUAACACACUGUAUCUGUCCGGUUUUCUUUACUGUGAGAGAAACAAGUUCGAUUGUGUUCGCAAGCACUUUUUAUUUUUGUCAAAUCACUGUGACGGUCUUUAGUCAUUAAGAUAAAGUUUGAAUAAAACUUACUACUGUGUUCACA